CUCUUGCUUCCUACCUUCAAUUCCUCUGUGCUUCUUAAUUUGCGUCUCUGAUAUACGUACGUUAUAUCCAUCCAUCAGAUUCAACACCACCUUCACUUUCACGCCAUCUCUCUCUCUCUCUCUCUCUCUGAUCUUCUAUAAAUUCAAACCUUAUAUUCCUUCUCACCCAUCUUCAUCUUCCAUUUUUGCUCUUUUUCCCCUCUCUCACUCUGAUAUCGCUUCUAGCUCUCACUCUUCCUCUUCUUCUAGGUCUUUUCAAGCUGCUAUAAGCUUCUUUUUAAUAUACAUAUAUGGGAGAUCCAGAGCAUCACAGGAAUGUCAAUCUUCCUCCUGGGUUUCGCUUUUAUCCUUCAGAUGAAGAGCUCGUUGUCCACUUCCUUCACAGAAAAGCUUCCCUCUUGCCUUGCCACCCAGAUGUCAUCCCUGAUCUUGACCUCUUCCCCUAUGAUCCUUGGGACCUCCAUGGCAAGGCUUUAGGUGAAGGCAAUCAAUGGUACUACUUCAGCAGAAGGACGCAGAAUAGGGUCACUAAUAAUGGCUAUUGGAAACCAAUGGGAAUGGAAGAGCCAAUAGUUACAAGCUCAGGAAGUAACCUUGUUGGAGUGAAGAAAUAUUUCAUGUUCUUCAUGGGAGAAGCUCCUUCUGGUAUCAAAACCAAUUGGAUAAUGCAGGAAUAUCGUCUAUCUGAUUCUUCUUCUUCCUCCUCCUCCUCUUCUUCCUCUAGCAGAUCCUCAAGGAGAAAAUCUAAAACAGAUUACUGUAAAUGGGUGAUCUGUCGAGUUUACGAGCGUGACGACGAUGAUAAUGAUGGAGGAACUGAGCUGUCUUGUUUGGAUGAAGUUUUCUUGUCACUGGAUGAUCUUGAUGAAAUCAGCCUUCCCCAUUAAAUUAGCCAGGCUAGCUUUAGCUGCAUUGUGCAAAUGCAUCAUAAUUACCUUUUCUUCCCUCCACUUCUCCCAAAAAAAAAAAAAAAAAGGAAAAAAAGAAAUAUCAUAUAUAGCAGAUAGCUUGUUCCCAACUUAAUUGCAAGACUACUUACUGCAGUCACUAGACACUUAUCAACAAGGAAAAAAAAGUUCACUUAAUAUUCAUGAUCCAACUUUUUUUGACUA